AUGUCCAAACACGAUUUCGAUCUCGAUUUACACGACACCGCCGAGGUGACUACGGAGACCGCUAUGCGCACCAUAGACCAACCGACGGGCUCGCCUCCUCUCGCGAUAGAGCACUGGCACAACGCCAUCGAGGCUGGCGCAGAGCAAGCGGACAAAGAUGUGACAGUUGAACCUAGGGCUGGCAGACUCCCUGACGGAUAA